AUGAGGUCUUCCAACGCCAACAUGAACAACAACAGCGAUAACAACGACAACGGCCCUCCGUUCCGUGGCUGUCUUCAGGGCAACUUCCGUGGCGGCCCUCGCGGUGGUUUGGGGCGUGGCGGUUUCGGACGCUUUUAUGGCGACGAUGAUGCUACUAACCAUCUCACCUCUUCUCAGCAGCCCGCGACUCAGCCGUCCUCUCCUGGCCACUUGCCCAUGAACACAGGGAAGCCGCUGCGAGGCGCCGAUGGUCGCCCACCAGUCCAGUGGCUACUCACAGACUUCGCUGAUGUGCAAGAGGCCAAUGAAGCUUACUACAAAUUUUACGAAGAAAUGGGUCUGAUGUUCGAUCCUAGAUUGGGUCCUGUUGGAAGCGAAUGGCAGACCGAAACUUCUGCCAGAAAUGACUUCGAAAACGACUCUUACAUUGAGAGUCCCGAAAUCGCCGUGCACAAGUCGGCUGAAGAUGCAGAGGAGUGGCGUAAGAAGAGUUUGUUAGGGGCGCAGCAGGCAAUCAAGAAUACGGUACCAGGUUCGAGAGAAGGGUGGCACUUCUCGAAAAGGAUCAAAGCCUUCAGUAGCCCUUUAAUCCCAGCCACCCAAGGGUCGCGCUUGGACAGCGAGAGGGUUUGA